AAAAAAUCGAUUUCCUUUUCCACUCUGACAACUUGGUCUUAAUCUCUUGCCUGAAAGCGGCCAGCUAAAACCCCUCCCACAACCACCAUAAAAACUUUACGCAUUAGUGAAGCGCUGUCCAUAAUGGUCUGUCUUCACUGCUCCUUUGCAGCUCUUUAUGCUUUGUGCAUUUGGAUUGUUAAAUACACCGCUGGGACAAUCUGUUCUGAUUCACGGACAACUUUUAUGAAUGGGAGAUGCUGCAAACUGUGCCCUCCAGGGCAAUAUCUGGAGGGCUUCUGCACAAAAACAACAGAAACCGUCUGUCGCCCAUGCCCUGACAACUUCUUCUCUCAACAGUAUAAUGCCUUUAACAAAUGUAUGCCAUGUCAGUCAUGCCAAGGUGCCCACAAAGAAUAUGAAGAGAAAUGUUCCUCAACCACAAACGCCAAGUGUUUGUGUCACCCUGGUUUCUUGUGUUCGGAUGACGCGUGCUCACAGUGUGUGGAAAAUAUGUGUGAUGUUGGCGAGAAGGCGGUGAAGACAGCUGUAGGGCCGAAGCAGCACAAGUGCCAGCCAUGCCGUGAUGAUGAAUAUUUGGACGUGAAAAUGAAUAUCUGCAGGCCACGACUACAGUGCAGCAAGGAAGGACUUGUGGUGCAGUUUCCAGGAAACAAAACCCAUAAUGCAGUUUGCAGGAGACAUGAAAGACAUGUUUAUAUGAUCCUUGGCAUCGGAUGUGGUGUGCUGGUUCUUCUUCUUGUGACCUUGUCUCUUGUUACAAAGAAAUGUAGAGCGGGCGAUUCGCUGUCCCGCAGGCCCGUUGAAGAAAUCGGUGAUGGCACUGACUGCAACCUGAAUUCAAAGGCGCCUUAAUCACCUGUACAGUAUCACGGCACAUGUUCAUAUGACCUUCUUUUUUGAUAUUAUGGUGAGAAUGACCUGAGAUGUCUGCAUGUUGUGUCCAACCUCACUCAACUGUUACUGGAUGCAUAUUAAAGUUGCUGCAGUUUCUUCUACUAGUCUCAAAAUUUUUGUUGAGUCUUUUUAAAAAAAUAGAUAACGGUGUCAUUAAUGUGUUUUCAGCAACGUGUGGGCUCGGGGAAUUCUCUGAGUGACAUCAAAUGUGGUUUUUCCGCUUUGCAAAAUGUUAAUACUCAUGCAUGUUUUUUCACUGUAACCUCGCUCCGUAAAUGUGAGGAGUUUAUGACGAGCCUGCCUUAACCCUUAUCUGUUCUCUAAAUGAAAGACUUGGAAAUUCAAAUGUUGCAUACAUGAUUAGGAAUGAGCGUGGGAUUUUCAGUGUCUGCCUUUUAUGUUGAAUGGAAAAUAUCUAACAGUACAUGCAUGUUUUGGACAUACAACUAUCGGACAUAAAAUGGAGAGCCAAUUAUCAGAGUCCAGUGUUUUAUAAAUAACUGGAAAAGUUAGUAAGUGAAAUUUGUUCUGCACCUGACACACGACACUAUAAAUUCAAUUCAAACAAUGCAAAAAAAAUGUUUCUUAAAUAAACUGCCUCACCAUAAAGAUGUGUAAAAAGUAAGCCUGUGCGGGGAUUCUUUUUGUGGGUGAGUUCGUUGGGCUUCAAAGAAAUCUUCAGCAGUUAGUGGGCUGCAGCUGUGUCGGGUUAGAAUGUCGCUUCUUUCGUGUACAGUAACUUUGCUGGAACAAAAAUACGUCCUGAACAAACAAACAAAAAAAGUACACAUAAGUGGAGUGUUGUGUGUAAUGGUCUGUCCUCACCCCUCCUUUUCAGCUCUUUAUGCUUUGUGCAUUUCAAUUCGAUUAAAAAAAAAAAAUUUCCUUUUCCAGUCUGACGACUUGGUCUUAAUCUCUUGUCAUAUAGCGGGCAGCUAAGACCCCUCCCACAGCCACCAUAAAAACUUGACGCAUAAGUGGACCGCUGUCCAUAAUAGUCUGUCUUCACUGCUCCGUAGCAGCUCGUUAUGCUUUGUGCAUUUGGAUUGUUAAAUACGCUGCAGGCACAAUCUUUUCUGAUUCACAGACAACUUUUAUGAAUGGGAGAUGCUGCAAACUGUGCCCCCCAGGGCAAUAUCUGGAGGGCUUCUGCACA